AUGACCAAUGACAGCAAUUUUAAGUGUGGCCUUACCUGCGACAGCAACCCCGAUACAGUGAACGAAAGUGACAUUUAUUUAAGGAACAGCGCCAAGGCUAAUUUUGGUGCCAAAUCUUUCCUUUGGCUUCCUGAAUGUGAAAUGACCAAUGACAGCAAUUUUAAGUGUGGCCUUACCCGCGACAGCAACCCCGAUACAGUGAACGAAAAAAGGCAUGGUGACACAAGGAUUCUUGAGCUGGGGGAGGAAUUAAUAGCAGAGCAAGCUCAGUACCACAGCUCUUGUCGACGUAAUUAUAUUAGACAAAAACAUAAGCCGACAGAACACAAGUCCAAUCGGAAAAAGCAUGAAGAAGCCUUUCAGAAGCUCUGUGUGUUUCUUGAACAUGAAGUAAUAGAAAACAAAACACCCCUGCUCGCAACAACCAUUUUCAAACUAUACAGUGAAGAAUAUUUUGCUGUUGGAGGUACACAGAGUGACUUAGAGCAAUAUAGUGUCCAAAUGCUCAUGUAUAAAGUACAAGAACGACUUACAGGAAUCAGCAUCGACAAACAGUCAAACAAAUCUGGCUCCUUUGUCUUCUCAAGUUCAAUGACACGUGAAGACGCACUUGUCAAGCUAAGCCAAGGAAAUAACACCAAGGAAAAUCUCAUAAGACUUGCUGCCAUGGCUCUGCGCACAGAAAUUCUUGCAAUGACUCCAACAAAACCUCCUUCACCUACUUCAGUAUACAAUCUCAAGGAAACUGCUCCAGCUAUACCACACCUAGUGUCUCUGUUUUACAGUACUCUUAUUGGUGGCUUACAAGCUGAUUCGUUGUGGUCAAGUGACGCCAACAAAAGAAGGGUAUUAGCCAGUGCAUCAGAUGCUCUGUUUAACUGCAGCAAAGGAAGAGUCCGCCCAUGGAAACAUCAAGCACUAGGACUGGGAAUCGGCACUCUCACAGGAUCAAAAUCUGUUCUGAAUAUUCUCAAUCGCUUUGGACACUGUGUUAGUUACGACGAGGUGAAACGACUGGAAACAGAAAUCGCUUACACAUGCUCGGAGGAAAAUCGAGAAUCACCAGAUGGGCUUAGUCUGAACAGCAAUUUAGGAACAGCUUGUGCUUGGGACAACUUCGAUGUUAACACGGAGACCUUAGAUGGCAAGAGCACAUUGCACUGCACAGUAGGAAUUUGUUACCAGAAUGCAGUACCAAAGAGGAGCUAUCACAUCCAUCAAUGA